AUGCUGCGUGUGACAUCACUGCAGGAUGAGCUGCUUGGCAGUGCCACCAGGGGGCUUCGUUUUCCUGAGGGAGGGGCCGGCUCCAUAGGAUCUGGUCUGUGGCGUAACUGGUUCUUGUCCGGAUUCGUCAAGAUUGGAAGCUCGCGGAGAACAACGCAGAUUGACUUCAACAUUUUGUGCAGAUGGAUCGUGUUUGUCAACUGGAGGUGGGGGUGCAGUGGGAGCCUCCAGACUCGGCCUCUGGUCCGGACUCUUCAUUGUCUCGCAAGGAGGGAGGUGGGGGUUCAGUGUGACCGGACUCAGACCUCGGACAGUGCAGUGCAAGUGGACCUCAUCACACAGGCGCUCACAGGUGACUCCAUAGCUCUUCAGUGUGUGAGCGUGAGAGGGGACGGACCACAGGGGGGCGCUCUGCUGCAGCACUGUGUUAAAGCCAGAGGCCGGGGAAGACCCAGGCGAGACCAGACCAAGACCAAACCAAAGACUGAACCAGUGACCAGACCAGAGACAAAACCAGAGAGAAGCCAAUAUCCAGACACCAAAACCCUUUCUGAACCUAACCCUGAGGCCAAAGAUCCCCACGGGAGCCCGGUUCAGACUUCGUCAGAUCAGUACCGGACCCAGACCCGGACCAGGACUCGGCAGAUCAGACCUUCACCGAGGUACCAGGACUACGAGUUCACAGAAAGUUCAGAGAGGAAGAGGAGACGAGGAGCAGAGGAGGAGGAAGACAAGGACAAAGAUCUAAACCGCAGCACUGACCCAAACUGGACACCAGCUACUCUACAGAACAGCAUUUCCCAGGAUGCUGCGGGGUGUGGGAAGGAGGAGGAAGGACUUGCGACAGAGGGGGGCGUGGUCUGUGAAGUGUGCGGAAAAGUGAUGGCGUGUAAAUCCAGCCUCCAGAGACACGUCCUGGUACAUAGCGGAACACAGCCAUACUGCUGCCGGUUCUGCCGCCUUCGAUUCAACAGGAAAGAUAACCUGCAGCACCACCUGCGCAUCAUGCACCCGCACGGCUCCACCUCCCGGCUGAAGCCCCGCCCCUCACCAGUCACAUGGCUCUGUCACACCUGCGGCAAGACCUUCCUAUAUCGAAGCCGACUGAAGACACACGAAAUGAUCCACACAGGCCUGAAACCAUGCAAAUGUCCUCUGUGCAACAAAUCAUACAUGAGGAUGAACGACCUCGAGCAUCACAUAAAGCGACGUCACCCCAACGGCACGGCCUCCCCCCCUCCUCCCCCUCAGCACUUGUGUCACCACUGUGGGCGGAGCUUCAGCUGUCAAUCCCUGCUCUCUCUCCACAUGCAGAGGCACACAGGCGAGCGACCACACCUGUGUCACUUGUGUGGGCGGAGCUUCAGCCGCAGACAGCAGCUGCAGGUGCACACUGCCACCACUCAUCACAUGGAGGCGCCGCAGACAGAGGAGGCACCGGAGGCUGAGGGGGACGCCAAGAGCGGCCUCGUCUGUGAUAUCUGUGGCAGGAGGAUGCGCUCCAUGUCUCAGCUUGAGGACCACAGAGCAGCUCACUCUGGAGAGAAGCCGUUCCGCUGCGGAGAGUGUGGAAAACGCUUCCUCCGCGUGCAGACGCUAGAACAGCAUCAGAUUCACUUCCACAACUCGGCUCCGCCCGCCGCUGUCCCCGCUCCCUCAGAUAUCUCCACCUCCUCUCUGAGAGGAGGCCCCGCCCCCUCGCGGCCCUGUUCGUUUGCGUGCUCAGUUUGCUCACGCACAUUCCGUUUCCCGUCGCUGCUGUUGGCACACAUGGUGGUGCACUCUGAAAGUCGGCCGUACCAGUGCCACGUGUGUGCACGCUCCUUCCGCCGCAUUGGCCAUCUUAAACGGCACACAGAGACGGUGCACCCGGACGGGCAGCCACGACCUGCCCACGUCUGCCCCAUUUGUCACACGGACCAGCAGUACCGCUCCAAGCUCGAGCGCCACCUGCUGGUGCACUCCGGAGACCGGCCCUACAACUGUGAAAGGUGCAGUCAGAGCUUCGCUCGCCUUGGUAACCUGCAUCAGCACCAGCAACGCAUCCACGGCGACCCGAUCCCGAAGCGUCGCUAUGGCUACAACGAUGACACUCCCCCCAUUGUGUUUAGUGAGGAAGACGAGGAGCGCAAUCCGAGUCCGACCGAGGGGCAGGAACCUGGGGAGGAGGGUGAGGGUCCAGUGGAGACAGGUGUAAACAAGGGGGAGGAGUCAGGUGGGGUAGGAGCUGAAGAAGCCGUCCAAACCGUUGUCAUGGAUACGGGGGAAUGGGUGGAAACAGGUGCAGUUGCGGCAUGGGAGCAUGACUACGGCGAGAGUGACGUCACGGCAACAGGCGUACACAAAGGGGAGAUGUCAGGUGACACCGGUGAGGGGGCAGGGACAGAUGAAGGGGAAAUCGUCCAGGCUGUCGUCAUGGAUACGGGGCAAUGGGCAGAGUCUGGAGCGACCGUGGUGAUGCUAACCGAACAGGAAGUAACCGGCUCAACAGGCGAGCAGGAAGUACUGCUGCUAGCGGAGCACGACUACGGAGUUAGUGGGAGGGACGUGGUUGUGAUUGAUGGUUCCGGGAGGCGGGAUGUUGUUUUGAUUGGCAGGUCUGGGGGGCAGGACGUUGUCGUGAUUGAUGGAGAGGUGGUGGUUGAAGGGGAAGAUCUAACACAGGCCGAGUCGCUGUCCAACCUGUCCCAGAGGCCGACCAAACACCGGAUGAGCUUCAGCGGGAUUACUUCUGUCAGCAUCAAACUUUUCAAGAGAAACAAACCCAGAGCCCUCAGUGUCUCUGCCACCCCCUCCCAGGCCCCACCCCCUUUCCCCCUCAUGACCUAUCAGAGUGAACCUCGCCGCAGAGACGCCGGCAGACUGCGCUCUUAUUCGUCGCCUCCAGUCACAUGGACGCGCCCCCCACCGCGGCAUGCCACGCCUACUUCGCCGACUCUGAAGCAAAAAGCCGCGCCCCCUUUACAGGUCGGCCACCGCAGCUCCAGGACACCGGAGAGGAGCAGUGUCAUCUCUCUCAGCCGAGCAGGCCGCACGGACCAGCGGAGGCACCGGGAGCGGGGCACAGUGGCGGAGAUGACGCUGGACGAUGUCCUGGACCCUCAGGAGCCUCAGGGGCCUCAGGAGCCUCAGGAGCCAGAGGACGGUCUGGACUCGGAGCGGGACAUCUACAUGAGGUUCAUGAAGUGUCACAAAUGUUACGACAUUGUCCCCACCAGCUCCAAACUGGUCGUGUUUGACACCACACUACAGGUGAAGAAGGCCUUCUUUGCUCUCGUGGCCAAUGGCGUCAGAGCAGCUCCGCUGUGGGAGAGUAAGAAGCAGAGCUUUGUGGGGAUGCUGACCAUCACAGACUUCAUCAACAUCUUGACCAGAUACUACAAGUCUCCCAUGGUCCAAAUCUAUGAACUGGAGGAGCACAAGAUAGAGACAUGGAGAGAGCUGUACUUACAGGAGACGUUCAAACCUCUGGUGCACAUCUCUCCAGACGCCAGUGUGUUUGAGGCCGUCCACUCCCUGAUCAGACAUAAGAUCCACCGUUUACCGGUGAUCGACCCGAUCAGUGGAAACGCUCUGUACAUCCUGACACACAAGAGGAUCCUCAAGUUCCUGCAGCUGUUUGUUUGUGAGAUGGCCAUGCCGAGCUUCAUGAAGCAGAGUCUGGAGGAGCUGGGGGUGGGCACCUACAGCAACAUCUCCUUCAUCCACCCAGACACCGCCCUCUACACCGCCCUGUCCCUCUUCACACACAGCCGAGUGUCUGCCCUGCCAGUGGUGGACCACAGCGGGAAGGUGGUGGACAUUUAUUCCAAGUUUGACGUGAUUAACCUGGCCGCAGAGAAGACCUACAACAACCUGGACCUGACGGUGACACAGGCGCUGAAGCACCGCUCACAGUACUUCGAAGGAGUUUUAAAAUGUCACAAACUGGAGACACUGGAGACGAUUGUGGACCGGAUUGUGAAAGCAGAGGUUCACAGGUUGGUGGUUGUGGAUGAAGAAUCUAAAAUCGUUGGAAUCGUUUCUUUGUCCGAUAUUCUACAGGCGCUGGUCCUCACACCGGCAGGUUUGGGGCGAAAGGAAAGUCUUCCAACUCAGGAUCCAAAUCUGGAGCAAGUUUUGCAGCAAGGAGACAAGGAAACAAUACUAGGAAAUAAAGAACGAGAGGAGGAGAUAAAGCAUGAAACUAGUGAAGGAGAUGAGGAGACAAAGCAAGGACCUAGUGAAGGAGAGGAGGAGACAAUACAAGGAACUAGUGUAGGAGAGGAGGAGAAAAUACAAGGAACUAGUGAAGGAGAGGAGAAGACAAAACAAGAAACUAGUGAAGGAGAGGACGAGAAAAUACAAGGAACUAGUGAAGGAGAGGAGACAAUACAAGGAACUAGUGAAGGAGAGGUGGAGAAAAUACAAGGAACUAGUGAAGGAGAGGAGGAGAUGAAACAAGGAACUAGUGAAGGAGACGAGGAGAUGAAACAAGGAGCUAGUGAAGGAGAGGAGAUGAAACAAGGAGCUAGUGAAGAAGAAGAGGAGUCAAAACAAGAAGCUAGUGAAGGAGAGGAAAUGAAACAAGGAACUAGUGAAGGAGAGGAGGAGAAAAUACAAGGAACUAGUGAAGGAGAGGAGAAGACAAAACAAGGAGCUAGUGAAGGAGAGGAGACAAAACAAGGAGCUAGAGAAGGAGAGGAGGAGAUGAAAAGAGGAGCUAGUGAAGGAGAGGAGGAGAUGAAACAAGGAACUAGUGAAGGAGACGAGGAGAUGAAACAAGGAGCUAGUGAAGGAGAGGAGAUGAAGCAAGGAGCUAGUGAAGGAGAGGAGGAGAAAAAACAAGGAGCUAGUGAAGGAGAGGAAAUGAAACAAGGAACUAGUGAAGGAGAAGAGGAGACAAAACAAGGAGCUAGUGAAGAAGACGAGGAGUCAAAACAAGAAGCUAGUGAAGGAGAGGAGAUGAAACAAGGAACUAGUGAAGGAGAGGAGGAGACAAAACAAGGAACCUGUGAAGGAGAUGAGGAGACAAAACAAGGAACUUGUGAAGGAGAUGAGGAGACAAAACAAAGAACUUGCGAAGGAGAGGAGGAGACAAAACAAGAAACUUGUGAAGGAGAGGAGGAGACAAAACAAGAAACUUGUGAAGGAGAGGAGGAAAUUAAUGAAGCGAGUGAGGAGAGAGAAACUGGAUCCACAGAGGGACUAGGAGACAAGGAGGAAAGUGAAGAGGGUAAGGAAGCAGGAGAUGAAGCAAUCAUGGAAGAAGGAUGUGAAGAGGAGGCAAACAAGGAAGAAGGAGAGGAAGCGAUCAAGGAAGAAGGAGAUGAAGAAAAAACAACUGAGACAAACGAGGAAGCAGGAGAGGAGACAAGGGAGGAAGUGGAUGGAACCAACGAACAGGAAGUUCACGAGUCGUGA